AUGUAUGUUCUGGUUGCCACAUUUGGUCUAGAAGCUGUGCAGAAAUUGUUCGUAAAGAUGCUUAGAAGUGUGUUUCGAGCACCAAUGUCUUUCUUUGACUCUACUCCAGCUGGACAUAUACUGAAUCAUGUGUCUAUUGAUCAAAGUGUUGUGGAUCUUGACAUUCCUUUUAGACUUGGUGGGUUUGCUUCGACGACUAUACUGCUUCUUGGUAUUGUUGGUGUAAUGACAAAAGUUACCUGGCAAGUUUUACUCCUUGUCAUUCCAAUGGCCAUUGCUUGCUUGUGGAUGCAGAAAUAUUACAUGGCUUCAUCAAGGGAACUGGUUUGUAUUGUUAGCAUCCAGAAAUCUCCAGUUAUCCAUCUCUUUGGUGAAUCAAUUGCUGGGGCCACCACAAUUAGAGGAUUUGGACAGGAGAAGAGGUUCAUGAAGAGGAAUCUUUAUCUUCUCGAUUGCUUUGGUUGCCCCUUCUUCUAUAGUCUUGCUGCUAUUGAAUGGCUCUGCCUGCACAUGGAGUUACUCUCAACCUUUGUGUUUGCCUUUUGCAUGAUUUUGCUAGUGAGCUUCCCACAUGGAAGUAUUGACCCAAUGGCUGCUGGUUCUUUACAGGCAUGGCAGGCCUUGCUAAAGAUUCACCAAUACAGCCAAAUCCCAGGAGAAGCUCCACCGAUCAUUGAGAACUCUCACCCUCCAUCCUCGUGGCCAGAGAAUGGAACAAUUGAACUGAUUGAUCUAAAGGUCCGCUACAAGGAAAGUCUUCCUGUUGUGCUUCAUAGUGUAACCAGCAAAUUUCCUGGUGGUAAUAAAAUUGGAAUUGUUGGGCGUACUGGAAGUGGUAAAUCGACUUUGAUCCAGGCGCUGUUCCGAUUGAUUGAACCAGCAGGUGGGAAGAUCAUAAUUGACAACAUUGAUAUUUCAACAAUUGGCCUUCAUGACAUUCGUAGCCGUCUGUGUAUAAUACCUCAAGAUCCUACCUUGUUUGAAGGGACAAUUAGAGGCAAUCUUGAUCCCCUUGAAGAGCACUCAGACCAGGAAAUUUGGCAGGCACUUGAUAAGUCUCAGCUUGGGGAUGUAAUCCGCCAAAAAGAGCAAAAGCUUGAUGCGCCAGUGCUCGAGAAUGGAGAUAAUUGGAGUGUUGGGCAAAGGCAACUGGUUUCCCUGGGCCAGGCUUUGCUUAAACAGGCAAGAAUUUUGGUGCUUGAUGAAGCAACUGCUUCAGUUGAUACAGCCACAGAUAAUCUUAUCCAGAAGAUUAUCCGAACUGAAUUCCAGAACUGCACUGUAUGCACUAUUGCGCAUCGGAUCCCAACCGUUAUCGAUAGCGAUCUUGUUCUGGUCCUCAGUGAUGGUCGAGUUGCAGAGUUUGAUACGCCAGCACGACUAUUAGAGGACAACUCAUCCAUGUUCCUGAAGUUGGUCACCGAGUACUCAUCCAGGUCAAGUGGCAUUCCAGAUUUUUGAAUUAGAUGGUGUGCCUCAAAACCUUGCAGUUAUAAAAGCAACAAGAACAUACAACUACUCUAAGAAUACUGCUCUUCUUGUGGUGGCAGCAGCGGCAGCGGCAGCUUCAGCUUCUGGAAAAGAGAUGGGAGACUAAAAGGGAACCACAGGCCAAGAAGAGGAAAACAAUUUGGUUUAAGUGUUGAAGAGAUAAUUAUUAGCCACUUUUAAAGCAGGACUGGAGGAUUCAUGCAUGGUUGGCAUAUGCCUUCAUAGAGAAAAUAAGUGAGGGUUGGGAGAGGUUGAUAAUAAUUAGGUGAA